GUGCGUGUGUGUUUGUGGCGAGAGAGAGAGAGCGAGACAGAGAGAGAGCGCCUGGGUGCAGUCGGCAGGAAGCAGCCACAGCGCUGAUCGCUGCUCUUCAAUCAACUCACUUUCCUCUGCAGUUUACGGACCUAAUCUUGGCGGUGUGUAUCGCACGUUCAUCAAGGGGUGACCACACCUGGACCACCAUGCUGGGCCAGAGCGUGGGGCUGCAGCCCGUGCCCAUCCAGAGUCUGUCGGAGCUGGAGCGAGCCCGUCUGCAGGAGGUCGCCCUUUACCAUCUGGAAGAGCGCAACCUCAACUUCAGCAUCAGCAUUCCCAGAGAGACCCGCAAGAGGAGGAAGUCCCUCCGAAGGAAGCUUGACUCUUUCUCCAAGGAGAAGAAAGAGCGAGAGACGGCCCCCAAGGCGUUCGGCAUCCCCCUGUCCCAGGUCAUCGCCAACGACCGGGCUCACAAGCAGCAGCAGGAUGCGCUGAGGGAGAGUCGCCGCGACUGCCUGGACUUGGAGGCCAGCGUGCUUUACUUUCGGGCCGAGAAGCAACAGCAGUACAAGGGCUCCUCUGGGAUGGCCUCCUGCCGGGAGCUCCACAGCAAGCCUCUCCCGCGCACCUUCCUGGACAGCACCCUCAGGACUCAUAGAAGGGGAGGCCUGUCUGUGGACUCUAUCUCGGACUUGGUGGAGAGCCAGUCGCGGCUGCUGGAGGCCCUCCAGCUGUCGCAUCCCAACGAGCUGGACCUGAAGAAGUCGACGAGCCACGUGCAGGCCAAGCUCAGCCUGAACCCCAUCUACCGGCAGGUCCCUCGCGUUGUGGAGCGCUGCUGCCGUCACAUUCAGACCUACGGUCUACAGACACUAGGAAUAUUUCGUGUGGGGAGUUCCAAGAAAAGAGUCAGGCAGCUGAGGGACGACUUUGACCAGGGAGCCGAUGUCCUCUUGGACGAGGAACACAGCGUCCACGACGUUGCUGCGCUGCUGAAGGAGUUCCUGAGGGACAUGCCCGAUCCCUUGCUGCCACGCGAGCUCUACUUCGCCUUCCUGCAUACCACUGCGCUGAAGGAGGCCGAGCAGCUGCCCUACCUGCAGCUCCUGCUCUACCUGCUGCCGCCCUGCAACUGCGACACGCUGUUACAGCUGCUGGAGCUGCUGUUCACUGUGCAGAAUCACGCCGAGGACGCACUCGGCCCAGAUGGCCAGGAGGUGUCGGGGAACAAAAUGACAGCGGCGAAUCUGGCGGUGAUCUUCGGGCCCAACCUGCUGCAGCGUGAGCGGGGCUUUGAGAGAGACGCCAGUCCCCAAGCGCUGGACAUUGAAGACAGCGCCGCCGUCAUUGCUGUGACCCAACAGCUCAUCCAGAACUACAAACGCCUCUUCAUGGUGUCUGCAGAGAUCCAGCAGGAGGUGCUGAUGAGCCUCAUACAAACUGACCCUGAUGUCAUUGACUACUUGUUACGCAGGAAGCUCAGUGGCAGAAACUUGUCCGUGGAAGCAGAUUCUGAUUCCAGCAAGCGGGACCCCGAGGUGUCGCUGGACUCAAGAGGGCCGUCCAGCGAGGACCUGUCAGCGGUGGAGACCUCCUCUCUGGACUUCUCCAAGGUGCACAGGGAGAGCAGCCUGAGCAGUGAGGUGUUCCUCAGCGUUCUGUGCCUGGGCCAGAGCAGGAAACGCUCCUCGGGGGACCCUGGAUCAUCUAACAUAGGCCAGAUGAGGCACUUUCACUCCCACCACAAUCUCUUGAGCUUGACCCAGGACCCAGCAACCGCCGAUGGACAUGCGGGGGAGGCAAGCCCCGCCCCUGCCAGCCCCCAGCAGGACAGUCCUGAGGAUAGUGUGUGGGUGAGGCAGAAAGCCCCUGUCCCCAUCCCCAUCCACACCACCACCACCACCCAGGGGGGCGUUUCUCAGCCCUUAAACUUCUGGGACUUCUUCACCGGGAAGGUCUCUGGGUCAGAGACUGUCGUAUGACCACUCCACCGGUAUGUAGAGGCAGGGAUUCAGCCUGCUUCACCUACACAGAUACACACAUUAGACACAUACAGUGUGGAGGUGCUGUUACAUGCAAAAUAGGUAGCUGCUUUAGAAGAUCUCCGCUAUCAGGGUUUGAUGAUGGCUGAGUGUACAGAGGGCAGUCGGACUGUGGCUGGAGUUUGUGUCACGGGUGAGAGACAACAUUUGGCACGAGCUGCUGCGAGCUUUCCAGUUUUUUCACCCUUCCGAUGUUUCCGUCUCUACCAGAUGCUGUAGCUCACACUGAGAACUACACGGUGCAAGUGCAGCUCGAGGGUUUUUGUACACACAAAGUCAAGGGGUUUCCCCGCUGACUUUUUUUUUACAGCACGUAAUGUGACGUAUAGUGCUGGCGCUUCACAGCUCCUGGGUUUGAAUCCGGCUCAGUCUGUUGCCCAUAACGUGUGUAUGUUUGAGUGAAUGCGGAUGUGAUUUAUUGCAUAGCAACAGACUGAUGCCCUGUACAGGGUAUACCUUGCCUCAUGCUUCCUGUGUCCAGUAUAGGCUCUGGAUCACUACAACCUUGCAUUGCAAGAGGUUAUGGAUAAUGUAUGGAUGGGUGCAAGUUAGGUGAGUUGGUGCAGCGCAGAGUAACCGAGCACCUACGUUGUAUUGUAUAAAUUAUUAUUGAGUGGCACGGUGAGUAAAGCACAACCUGGGUGGUGCGGGAGGACAUUGGUUCGAUCCCCACUCAGUCUGUGUGGAGUUUGCAUGUUCU